AUGGCAGCGGCGGGGACGUUGCGGCCGUCGGUGGCAAGGGCGCUCCGAUGUAUGGGGAUCCGUCUCGACAGGAGCGCUGUCGCAGCCGGCAGUGGGUGGUCAGCGAUGACGAGGGGGUUUGCUGUAUCGGCCGGAAGCGACAUUGUGGAGGCCGCGCCGGGUGUUUCCCUCCAGAAGGCGCGGUCAUGGGAUGAGGGGGUCUCUUCCCAGUUCUCCACUACACCUCUCAAGGACAUCUUCAAGGUUUUCGCAGCUCUCUUCCUCCCUUCCCGUUAUUUACUCAUCCUAGUUUCCGAUUCUCGUUCUUUUCUGUUUUAAUUCGUCGAUUUCACGGUUUCUUCUGAUCCUUCUUUCCUCUGAUGGAAAUUUUCAGGAGAAGAAAGUUGUCAUCUUUGGCUUGCCCGUGAGUUCACUUCUUCAACGUCCCUUCUUCUGUCUUUCUCCUAGAAUAUUAGGUUCCAUUCUUCAAUCUUUCAGAAUUUUAGAAGAAUACAUAUACGUGAAUUUGUUUUUACUCUUCCUAUGUUUACUUGUGGGAUAUCUUAUUUGUUCUUUUAAAUUCAACCAGCACAACGGUUCCCAACUACAUAUUCUUGUUAUCUAUAAAUUUUUCCCAAAGAGUUAAACAAAUAAAGGGUUCGUAUUCUUUUGGAAUUUUCGGGAACUUCUUGGACUCGAAUGUUUAGAGGAUCAUCUUCGGCGGUGUGUAUGAUAUUGCAUUUUUUUAAGAAAGGACAAAAAUAGAUGCAACUGGGUAAUUAGGCCAAGCCCAAUCAUGACAUAUCCGGAAGAAAAUAAACGUCCCCACAGGUUUCUGGCUUUUAAGUUUUCUCAAUAGCUAUGUGGAUUAUUUCCAUAUAACCAUCCAUUGGAUAACGUUUGAACGUAAAUGAAAGAAAGGAGCCGUAGAACACCCCUGGUAAAGAAGAAGUCAUGGGGUGAAUGCAGAAAGAUUCAAAACGAGCUCAUAUCUCAAGCCGCCUCUCUCUAAAGAACUUCUGUAGACGUUAUUUUCUUCCAAAUAGAGAGGUUACAGUGAUGAGUACUAGAAUUCAUCGGCCAAAUACUAAGGAUUCGAGCUUCGUAAGAAGAAAGAAGUCUAAAUUGUCUGGAUCUCGUGGAAAAUGGGACCGCUACUUGUUAGCAGGGAAUGGAAAUUUUUACGCGUCCUUUUGCUAUGAACAUGUGGAUCAGGUGACUAGAAACUUGGACAUUUAUUAACCCAUUUAGAAUUGUCUUAAUGGUCUGAGUUAUAACUCAAGCUACAAAAACUGGUGAUCAAGAUCUGUUUUUUUUCUCUACCCAUUUAGAAUUGGACCCUCCAUAAUUUCGGCCCUAGACUUGUUGGUUUAUGGCGAAAAUGUCUGCUUUGUUAGAACAAUGCGGCUGACAAACUCAUGGUAACCAGUCACAGCAGGCAAGCCCUUGCAGAGGGAACCAUGCUCCUAAUUUCUUCAAAACUCAAUCAGAUUCAUUUCCUCUUAUGGCACAUGAUUAUAUACAUCUUCUGAGUAACUUGAAACCAUUAAUGCUUGGUUAGAUAACUUUUUGUAUUAAGCACUGGGAUGGGUUCACUUCCGGAGAGCCAUGAUUUUGGGAACCUUUAUUUGUUAAGACCGUCUUUUUAUUUUUUCUUACGUUCAAAUGGAUAAAUGAUUAAAACUGGUUGCUGCAGGGGGCUUACACUGGUGUCUGCUCACAGCAGCAUGUCCCAAGCUACAAGAAGAAUGUUGACAAGUUCAAAUCUAAGGGGGUUGACUCUGUCAUUUGUGUGUCUGUUAAUGAUCCAUAUGUCAUGAAUGCCUGGGCUGAAAAACUGCAAGCAAAAGAUGGAGUGAGCACUUUGAGCUUUCCUUAAAACUCAGUGAAACUAUCUGUUGAUCAUUAUCUGGAAUGAAGCGCCCUUUUAAUUAUUUUCUACUUUCACUUAUGGUUUUCCUUAUACUGUGGUCUGUGAGAUUAGCCUACAUAUUCUGAGUGUACUUACAAAAUCCUGCUGCAUAAAGCAAAGUGUGGAGGUAUGAUGAAGACAAAGAAAAGGUUGUGUUAGGCUUUACAUGGACCCAACAGAUGUGAAGGAGUCUUUACUGAAAAAAAUGACUAAAAUUUGCCACGAGAAUCGUAAUACCUGAUUUUCUAUCUUUCUGUGUAAUCUCCAUAUAAUUUAUUUUGUCUUUUUCUUUUAUAGGUUCCUAAAUAGUGAUUCCUCUUAGUUAUUUUGUGCAUGUCUACACCACUCUAGAGGCUUCUCUUGUUAAUGGUACCCUACCGCACAUGUGCUCAUAUUGAUCUUCUUUUUUCAUCUGCGUACCAUCAAUUGUCACAGGAUUUCUUGUCUUACCAUAUCCUCGAAAGCAUCCUUUUCAGCUGCUUCCAAGUAUUUAUAGUAGCCCACUCCAUCCUGUACGCAACGUUUUCCUUGCAAUUAUUGUAGAUAUACAACUCAGUCAGCGGUUUUGGGUGUGGGUGUGGGGGGGGGGGGGUGUUUAUAGAGUAAGCAGGAAAUAGAAGACACGUAAUAUGGCAGUAAGACCCAUUACUUAGGGUUCUUAGUGUGUCUGAAAAUUGACGUGCGAUACUGUAUUAGAUAUCAUGUUAUACAAUUAAUGCACCUUCAAAUAUCAAAAGUUGGAUUUUUGUUUGGUUAUCACAAUUAUGAGGAAUUCAAGUUUUUCUAUUUAUAUUUCUCAUCUUGUGGUGUAAUGUUUAGGAUGCUCAAAUAAUUUCGUCCCAACGUUUCUCUUCCCAUAGCUAAAUCCAAGGUAUUUGUCUGUUUUAUCCAUUUUAGAUUGAAUUUUAUGGGGACUUCGAUGGGAGCUUCCACAAGAGCUUGGACUUGAGCUUGAAUCUUUCAGCUGCUUUGCUUGGACAUCGUUCUCAAAGGUAAGUCCAAGCCUAUCUAAGAUAGCACGUGUCUUUCAUGUCAUGGUAUUUUUGAAGUUUGUCAAAAAUAUACGUUCUUUGUCUGCAAUUCUUCUGUCUAAUCCACAUGGUCCCCUGAAGAGCCUCCUCAUUUGUUUCCUUUUCUGCUGCAGGUGGUCAGCAUAUGUGGUAGAUGGAAAGAUCAAGAACCUAAAUGUAGAGGAAGCCCCUUCAGAAUUCAAGGUUUCUGGUGCUGAUGUAGUUCUGGAUCAGAUUUGA